AUGGGAAGGUGCAACAUCACUUUGGGACAGAGCUUAAUUUUGGUGGGCUUCUCAGACUGGCCUCAAUUGGAACUUCUCUUUUUUAUCUUCGUUUUGAUUUUCUACUCCCUGACCGUCUUUGGCAACACCACCAUCAUCGUUCUUUCCCGACUAGACCCUCGACUGCGCACACCCAUGUACUUCUUCCUCUCCCAACUUGCCUUCCUGGACCUCUGCUUCACCACCAGCACCGUGCCCCAGCUUCUGGUGAAUCUUUCUGGACUCGACCGGACCAUCAGCUACGGACGGUGUGUGGCCCAUCUCUCCAUUGUCCUCACGCUGGGUGGAACUGAGUGUGUGCUCCUGGUGGUGAUGGCCUUCGACCGCUAUGCGGCUGUGUGCCAUCCACUCCACUACAUGACCAUUAUGCACCCCCGACUCUGCCAGGCUUUGGCUGCUGUUUCCUGGGUGGGAGGCCUGGUGAACUCUCUGGUUCAGACAGGUCUUCUGAUGGCCAUGCCUCUCUGUGGCCAUUGUCCAAAUCACUUCUUCUGUGAGAUGCCUGUUCUCAUGAAGUUGGCUUGUGAGGAUACAAGAGGAACAGAGUCAUAUAUGUUUGUUGCUGGAGCUGUAAUCUUGGUCUUUCCUGUAUCACUGAUUCUAGGUUCCUAUGCACACAUUGCCAGGGCUGUGCUGAAGGUCAAGUCAAUGGCUGGAGGCAGAAAGGCUUUUGGUACUUGUGGGUCUCACCUCCUAGUGGUUUGUCUGUUUUAUGGCUCAGCCAUCUACACAUACCUCCAACCCAAGGGCAGUUAUUCCGAGAGCGAGGGGAAGUUUGUGGCUCUUUUUUAUACCAUAAUCACCCCCAUGCUCAACCCUUUGAUUUAUACUCUGAGGAACAAGGAUGUGAAAGGGGCUCUGUGGAUGGUAUUAGGAAGAAAGUUGAGUUAG